GAUGAAAGGUUGAGACUUUCAGAGUGGCAAGCAGUGAAGCUAUGUGUGGUAGAAAUACUAAAUAAGGAAAUGUUUUAACUCUUAAGAUUAUGAAUGUGUGAAAUAUGGAAAAUUUUAUUCAGUCGACUUACUCAACUCUUUGCUUUGUGUUUAGAAACAUACAACAUUACACGGCGUCUGUCAUCAAGCUAAACUAUGAUGUUAUUUCUGGUUUCAUAGCCUUCCUGUCUGAAGUGAUUUGUUUAUUUGUAAAAUGCAUGAAUGUAACGUUUAAUGUAGUUUGUACCAUCCUCGAAGCUUUAAUUGACUUUUUAACAGAGUGUUUCAAUUUUGUGAGAGCAUUUCUCCAGUUACUAUGGAAGUUUGUUAUGUUACUCUUUAGUGUUCUGGAUCUUGUGUUUAAAGGUUUAGAACAAGUGGUUUAUUUUAUAUGGAAUGGUGGAAAAUGGACAGCUGGAGCCCUGUCGUCAUCCUUGGAAAAUGUCAAAGUGAUAGCUGUAUCAAUUUUUGACUAUUUGGAGGCAUUUUUCACUUUUUUCCUCAAGAAUGUUUCAAGUGCAUUAUAUUUCUUUGGAACAUAUUCAUUGAACUUUAUUGUUGGUGCCUACAAUUUUAUCACAUGGAUAUUCUUUGGUGCUGCUUCAUUGGUGGACAAUGCUAUGAUAUACUUUGCGGAUUCAGUAAAAUAUGUAGUGGACUAUGUUUAUUAUGCACUGACUGAUAUUUUCCCAAACACACCAAGAGAAACAUACAUGGGCAUUUUGAUAAUUGUUUUGUUUUACAUUGGCCUAGUGCAUGCUGUGAGCAAACUGUACAGUCGAGGCUACACAUUUCCUUACCCAAAUCAUAUGAACCAUAACAAUGUUCCGUAUCCAAGAUUUGGAAACGAGUUUUCUGAUGAUGAAUUUGGAAUGAGUGCUGAUGAAGAAACCAAUGAUAACAACAAUUCUGACACAGACAGCACUCUCACAUCUGAUGAUGAUGAUGAAGAUGAUGAUCUUUCAGAUGAUGGUGAUGAAUUCUCUGAUGAGGCCUCAGAGUUGUCAGUUGUUGAUGAGAGCGAUGAUGACCGUUCGUCCAAUGACAGUGACAAUUCGAUCGAGCCUAUCGAUAUUCAGCUCCCCGUGGAGUCUCAAUACAACCUAAGGAGAUCUGCCACCCCUAAUAGACAGAAAAAGAAAUCGACUCAAGACAUGGAGAAAGAGAUUGAACGAGAGCGGGAGAGACAGAUGUGUGUAGUUUGUCAAGACAAUAAAAAAUCGGUGCUCAUUUUACCCUGUAGGCAUAUGUGUCUGUGUAUUGAAUGUGGGAACAGAAUUGCCAGGGCAAGGCCUCUGACGAGGAGAAUAUGUCCGUUAUGUAGGGAGAAAAUCAGAACAAUCAUGAAUGUGUACUUGUAAAUUAAGAAUCAUGGACGUUUACUUGUGAAAUUUUUGAGAGUUUUUGCAUUAUUUGAAAUAAAGUUUUGGUUAUGUUGAUACCAGUGUUAAAUCAGUUCAUGUACAUGAUAUGAUGCACUAGAGCUACGUUGUUCCAUGUACAUAAAAGUUCUAUUCAGAAUUUGUUGUUUUCAUUAUUGCCAGCAUGUGAGUUUCAUUGAAAUGUGUAGUUUGAAGUGCUUUCAUUUGAACUUUGUGAUGAUUAUAAUAAUGAUUUAAAACUUUGUCUGACAUUUAUUGAAAUCAAUAAGGCACUGUGUCAUAACUUUUAUUUUCAAUAAAACUGAAACUUUCCUAAAACAGCUGUAGAACUUUGAAUUUCUAUAGAUCUACUUGUGCAUACCACAAGAAUAACGUUUUACUUGUGUUGUAUUUUGAUUGGAAUAUGAUUGUAUGUUGCUGAGUAACAGCUGUUGAAAUCUUACAAAUUAUGAUUGAUCUAAUUUAUUUGAUUUUUCUGUUUAAAAAGUUCAGAUGUGAUUCCCCUUCAUGUAACUGUUUCAUAGAUAUUUAUGAGCAACUUGUUUUGAUUUUGUGAAAAACACAAUGAAAGUGACCUUUUGACAGAAGUUACUCUUGUCAGAGUUGUUGAUAUGUAAUUUACUGAUCAUGUUUAAUAAUUUAGGCAUAUUAUAUUGUAGAGAUCAUUUAGAAACUUGACAAAUUUAAUUUAUCUACUUUAAUAAUCACACAUACUUGGUUUCCUUGUAUGACAUAAAAAGUAUAUGAAGUGUUUUAAUUUGUACAUGUAUAUGAUAUUAAUUAAUAAUCAUCACAGUUUGUGCUUUAGAAGAUUUGCACUUAUGCAUGAAUGUAAUCAUAUUAAUUUUUAAGUUCAAAUUAAUAUCUUUUGGAGUCAAUUAUUAAACAGAUGUGGCAUCACUGUUCCAAUUGUAAUUUGUUUCACAGGUACUUCUAGUUGCAGGGAAAUAAUAUUAAUUUGCUCUUAGAAUCAGGCUAAUUGAUAAAUGUCUUCUUUUUUGUCGUUGACAUUUUGGGUACAUUAAGUAUUAUUCUUAUGAUUUUAAAGAAUUUGUUCAAUGAUGAUGGUUAAUAAGAAUAGAGUGAAUGCAAGAAUUUAAAAAACUGGAAGUUAGUAAGUUUCUAAGGAUAAUUUUUUUUUUGUGUAUGCAUGAUUGUGUAUAACGCUAGUUACUGCUCAUUUAUGAUUCACCAAUUGUGUUCAGAUAAAUAUUUUGUAUUUAAAAUAAAUUAUCUAAAAAUUG